AUGAACACCACCAAACUAGAAAAAAUAAUGGGAAAACCACUAGACUACACUAUCAAAUGCCACUCAAUCAGUGCAUCGGAUUUCAAACUGUGCGCGAAUUCCAAUGGAGGAAUUUUGCUCACCUGGUGUGCCGUAACAGACACCAACACCCUGACUGAUAUCAUCCGAGAAUUGUCGGAAAUCGUUCGGGUAAAAGGCAUCGGGUUCUAUCUGUUAGAUCAACGAGAUGUUCUUCGUAUCCAAAAACAGAUAUUAGGAACCUGUCCCGGAGAAAGAGAGAAGAACGAGGCCAUGCUCAUUUAUAUGAGAAAUUUGACCGAUUUCUCGAAAAACUGUCAAAAAGUUCUCUAUCUUCGUACAAUGAUGCCAGCCGCUGGUGAGACAGCUCGUCGUGUUUUCAAGGAGGAAGCUCUGGAAAUUAUUCUGAUAAUCUUGAUUAGACAGAAGCCAGACGAAAGCAAACGAAAGUUGGAGGAGCGCCUGAACAAGUACAAAGGAGGUAGUGGAAGCAACAAGAACAUCCAUCAGACAAUGGAUCUCAAUGAGUUCAUUGCGAUCCUCGAGGAGCACGAAGUUCCUAAAGAUCAGAUUACGCUCGUCGAGAAUCCGCUCGAGCUAGUCGACCAACUGGAGUACGAGCGUGACGGCAACCACAUCGGAUUUCCCGGCCCGAACUGUGAUGUCGUCUUGAGCAUCUCCGCCGCAAUCUGGAGGGUUUUCAAGGAGCUCGUGUGUGGCAUCAUGUGGAGAUAUGGGACGUUGGAUGGAGAGGAGGAGUUGAGGAAGAAGAUUUUGGAGUUGAUGAAGGAGUUCUUGGAAAUGGGACCGGGCAUCUACAUCUCCCUCAGCUACAUCCUCACCGAAACCAACUUUAUCCGUGGCAACCGCUCUGUCCGUAGCAUCUUCCAUGCCUCCACCAUCUCUACCGCCUCAUGCACAUUCUCCUACUAUGAACAGAUUGCAAAAGUCUACCACUUGCCAGUGUUUGGUAAUUUUCUGGAGACAACAAGUGAGACUCUGCCAACGUGGAUGAUGAGAAUUCUCUAUGCAAUCGGUGUGAUUCAAGUCUUUUUCAAGGCCGAGCCAAAUAAGGAGCUCGAGAACAUUUUGCUCGAGAACUUGACAACUUUCGCGCCGAGAUUGGAGACGGUGAAGGUGAAGGAGUUCCUGGACACUAUUAUUCAGUCACCAGAAGGAGUUCAUGCAUACAAAUUUGAGAGAGCUGAUCCACCACCGACGUUGGAAGAACUCGAAAAGGAGCUCAAAGAAGCGCUGGAUCGGGAUCCGAAUCCACCAAAACCUGCUGCAGCGGCUGGACCAAAGAGAUCAUGGCUCUGCGGAAUCUUUGGUGGAAGUCGCAGUUGA